AAAGUUCAUUUGAAUUCCAUUUCCAUAGCUACUAGAUACUACUUACUCUACGCACAUAAAUAAAUUUAUGUGUCAGCGCAUACUGUCACUGUCAGUAACAAAUAUUUUUUUAUAAAUUAAAUUAAAAUAAAAACCUAUGGUUAAGAAACCUAGUAAGUCCGAUAAAAAUAGUAUCAAGGCAGACGUCAUCGUACUAGGAUGUACGCUCCCCGGUAUUGUGGCGGCUCACAAACUGAAGAGGAAGUUCGGAGACACCAUGGACAUCAUGGUCCUAGACCUCGGUGGAAAUAAAAUAGUUGACACUAAAUGUAACGUCGCCUUUCAAGACAAGGAUGACCCUAACAUGUCACCUAGGAGAAUGCCUAAAUAUGACCACACAGCGAGAGAAAUCUUAGACAACGUAGCCCGGUUUUAUCUGGUGCAGUAUGCGAAAGAGUUAAGGGUGCCUUUACCUGAUGCCAUAAUUAACCCUGGAAGGCAAUCAGUUGCCCAAAUACAUCUAACGAUGCCAAUAGUGGCUGACGAGGUUAACGAAGACCAAGAGUUGGAAGAAAAACUUCCCUUACAAAAAGUUUUUCAAUAUGGUGAUGGUAAUACUGUAGAAUUCGAAAAUGAUUUUCAUGAUUUCGAGUAUCUAAACUUUUUGGAAAAAUUCGAACUGAAUCAAUACCAAACAUUCUUGGAUAAAAGUAUGAGAGAAUUGUUUCAAACUAAUAUGAUAAAUUGGGCGAGUGAACGAAAGAUUCUGUUGUACUACGAUCAGACUACCAUGGAAAAAAACAUUUGUGAAACUCUUUUAUUCUCAACUUCUAGAGAAAUUAUGAGGACCACAGUCAGACUUGUGUGUGGAGCCCCCGCUAAUAGUGUUUCUCUUCUGUUUUAUCUGCACCAGUGUUACAGAACAAGUAGUGCCACGAACCACCUCGGAGGGUUAAAUACAAGGUUCCGAGAAAAGCUUCUUGGACAUUGCCGAAAACGUUUGUCAAACAAACUUCAGCAAAGCGUUGCUGACAUCACAUUGAAAUCAAUAUCCAUUAAAGAGAUCCGCACAUAUUCUGAACAGGUCAUCUUAGAAACGAUAAAAGGUGAGACUACUUACAUUUGUAAUUUGCUUGCGAUGGCCUUAAAACCAGAUCAGUUACACAACAUUCAAGUUGAGGAUCAGUUGUUAUCUGAUGACAAGGCAGGUUUAGCCAAAGGUAUGAUACCGGGACGAGGGAAGAAGUUUAAUGUGCAGUAUGCAAGAAACUUUUGGACCAAACAAGGGUAUAGUGGCGAUAUAUUCAGCAUGCGCGGACCAAUCAUUUGGGCUAUGGAGAAACCGAGAAUGUCAUCAACAGGCAGCUUAGAAAAGUACGCAGGUUUGAUUGGGUACCUCAUGGUGAGGGACGAUGGUACAGAUUCUAAGGAAGCAGUCUUGGAGCAGCUGGUCAAAUUAUUCGGAGAGGAGGCGGCUACUCCCGUGAGUUACAAAGAAACCCCCAUAGCGGAUAUUUACAUUCCGCGGUGUGGGGAUUAUGUAGCUUUGCGGAAAUUGACUAAUGAAGGGAGCCCAAAGUUUUUAGAAUGGGGAGCGCUUGAUAUUUUUGCUGACGGGGACGUGGCCGCUGCUUUGGAGGCUGGCCACACUGCGUACUUGCAUCUGCUAGGCUGCUUGCGUCCUCAGGCUCAGUCGUACGAAGACAUCAUCGUGAGUGACUGGCCAACGUUCCUCAGCGGCAGCCCGGUCAAAAGAUGGAUGUCUCAGUUCAAUGUGAUAUCUGGCAUCAAGUUAACAGUGUACUCCGCUGCGCUAUUAAUUGGCAUUAAGCUGAUUCACUCUUAUAUGCGUAAAUGAAGGAUGUUUUAUGUAGUGUUUAGUGUUUUAGAUUUGUAUUUCAAUAAAGGUUUUUUUCGAUU